AUGAAGCUCAUAGCCCUAACGACCCUCUUGUCGAGCGUCUCGGUGGUAUUUGGAUACUGGGCCGUCAACUGGGGUAACUGCAUUGGUAGCCAAGGCGAUAAUGGCAACUUUCCUUGCAUUGAUAGGAAGCCGUACAAUACGGAGGGGGAUGGAUGCUAUCCGUUCAUCGAUGGGGCGAUAGCGCAUUGUUCUUAG